AUGAUCAAAGAGGCAGAACUGUAUUGGGUCAGACAAGCUCAGAAGGAGAUAAACUUCCAAGAUUCCAAUAUACAGAAGCUGGACCCAUUCUUCGAUGAGGACUGUGAAGUGUACCGUGUUGGUGGACGUCUAGGUAGAGCACCGCUGUCGUAUGACAUUCGCCAUCCAUAUCUUCUUCCGAAGAAGAGUCAUAUCAGCUUCCUCCUGGUAUGCGAUAGACAUCUACAUGCCCUUCAUGGUGGUCAUUUGCGGACAGCAAAUGAGGUUCGGAAGAAGUUCUGGGUAGUGGGGGACAUGAACAUUGCACGACGUGUUGUACGCUGUUGCAUCACUUGCAGACGGCAUAGAGGCAAACCGACGCACCAGAGAAUGGCUGAUUUACAGGAGUUUCGGGUCAGCCCAUGUUCGCCACCCUUCAAGACCACCUUGGUGGACUACCUAGGCCCAGUAAUGGUGAAACUGAAUCGUAAUACCACGACCAAGGGAUAUGGUGCCUUAUUCACAUGUGCGGUUACCAGGGCUGUCCACCUGACAGUAGUCCAAGACCUAUCAACUCAGGCAUUCCUUCAAGCUUUGGAAAGGUUUGUCAGUAUUAGAGGAGCACCAGCCAUGAUGGUUAGUGACAAUGCUACUUGUUUCCGAGGGGCUGACAACACGAUCAAUGAGCUGAACAUUAAGCCGAACCAAACGCAGGUCCGGGAGCACUGUCAACGUUAUAAGGUUGAGUGGAAGUUCGGACCACCGGGAGGACCCCACCACCAAGGGGCAGUUGAGCGCAUGGUCCAAGAAGUAAAGAAAGCUACGAGGCAACUUGUGAAGGUUGACCGUCUUACCUUCGUAGAAUGUGAGACUGUUUUCUGCAAGAUUUCAGGGCUCAUUAACAGCCGUCCCCUGACUGCGAUGUCAUCGUCGCCUCUCGAUCAUCCACCGCUGACUCCCAAUCACUUUCUCAUUGGGAGAGGAGAUCUGAACUGCCCUGAUAUUCCUUGUGAGGACUACAAGGGAGAUCUACGGAAACGUCGUGAACUGUGUAAUACAAUGGUGGAGGGUUUUUGGCGUAGAUGGAUGGAGUAUACCCACAAGUUGGCACCACGUCAGAAGUGGCAACGAUCUUCAGACAACGUGGAAGAGAACGAUAUCGUCCUCGUCAUCGGUGAUGACAGAAAGCGCGGGUCGUGGAAGAUGGCCGAGGUAGUCAGGACUCAGCGUGGACAGGAUGGCCUUGUUAGAGUCGUCGAAGUGAAAUACGCAGAUGGGACGCGUGCCACCAGGCCGGUUACAAAACUUGUAUCCCUGAUGAAGUGA